GUAAUAAUCUCUGACGGACAGAGGGAGAGAGGUCGAUAGAGUGGAGAGCAGGAGGACCAAGUACAGUCAUUCACAUUAGUGAAAGAGUGCAGCCUUUUCACUCCAUAAACUGUUAGUUGUUUUACUGACAAGCUAAAGGAUGUCCAAGACCCCGUCCACCGCGUCUGCAGCCUCGGUAACCUCUGCGUCUUCCUCCACGUCUGCAGACAGCAAGUCUGGCAAACACCAGAAGGCUGCCCCUUCCGGCUCUGACUCAGCUCCCAAGAAGUUGUCUAAGAAAGAACAGAAGAGGAAAGACAUGGAGAAGAUCCACCAAACUCUGCUCAACAGUGUAUUCGGAGCGGAGAGGGAGUUGGCUCAAGCGGAGUUAGACGAGCUUGACUUUGCCUUCAAGGAGUUUGACUAUGACUGUGAUGGCUACCUGAACUACAAGGAUGUGGCUGAGUGCAUGAGGACCAUGGGCUAUAUGCCCACUGAGAUGGAGCUUCUGGAAAUAGUACAACAGAUCAAGAUGAGGAUGGGUGGUCUUAUGGACUUCGAUGACUUUUGUGAGUUGAUGGGUCCCAGGAUAAUGGGAGAGACAGCCGACAUGUUGGGGCUGAAGGAGCUGAAAUCCGCUUUCACCCAGUUUGACCAGGACUGCGACGGCAAGAUCAGCCAGGAGGAGAUGAAAGAGGCCGUGAAGAAUCUACUGGGGGAGAAACUAAAGAAAGGAGAGCUGGAGGAGAUAUUGAAAGAGAUCGAUAUCAACGGAGACGGAAGCAUCGAUUUUGACGAGUUUGUCAUGAUUCUGUCCAUUCGGUAAGUGCUGGAGGAACUGAAAGGAUAUCAUCUUUUUAAAGAAUCUUGUAAGACUCCGACAAUAGAACAUUGUGUGUACUACUACAUAUGUGUUUGUUGCUGUAGGUGAAAUACAAGAUAAUAGCUGUGCCUAACUUUGUGCAAUAUAUAUAUGAGCUAUAUGUAGAAUGAGAUGUACACCUUUCCUCAUUACACGGCUACUGUAUACUAUGGCACUAAGAGACAUGUGGUGCCCAUAAGGAAUUAAUUAUACCGACAAAUCGGAUCGUAGGCCGGUUGGCUGUAUGUUACAUAACAUGUAAAUAAGAUACUAUUUUGAUAUUUUAAUAAAGAAUUUGAAUUCCAACCUGA